ACACCGCCAGCAUUAGCUGUCUCGCAGCCAUGAUGGUGGCAAACUUCAUCCUCUGGGGUCUCAUGCCUCUGGCCGUUUCUUGGGACAACCGGAAGAGCAAACUCGACCUUCACUUACCUUAAAUCUUUCUAAGGGGCACCACCUUUUGUUAUCGAUCAUUUGUUAGGGAUAUCACCUUUUGUCAUUUAUCGUUUCUUAGGGAUAGCACCUUUUGUUAUCGAUCAUUCGUUAGGGAUAUCACCUUUUGUCAUUUAUCGUUUCUUAGGGAUAGCACCUUUUGUUAUCGAUCAUUCGUUAGGGAUAUCACCUUUUGUCAUUUAUCGUUUCUUAGGGAUAGCACCUUUUGUUAUCGAUCAUUCGUUAGGGAUAUCACCUUUUGUCAUUUAUCGUUUCUUAGGGAUAGCACCUUUUGUUAUCGAUCAUUUGUUAUGGAGAUCACCUUUUGUAAUUUGUCAUUUCUUUGGGAUAGCACCUUUUGUUAUUGAUCCUUUGUUAAGGAUAGUAAGUUUUGUUACCAAUUAUUUGUUAGGGAUAACAUCACCAAGCGUUUUAUUUCUGAAGGGUUUGCUGUUAGUUUCGUACUUACAUUUCAAUGCAGACGUUUUUUUUUUUUUUAUGCAAUGCAGUCAGUGCUUAUGUCAUUGUUUUACUACAUUCAGUACUUUAACAAUUUAUCGCAAUAUAUCGCCAAUAGUCAAUUUCACUGCUCUGUACAAAUAGAACGUUUUUUUCCAUAUGAAUUCUCUAGUAUAUCUUGCAACGGAUUCUUACAAAUAAACUUGCCACGUAUUAGUACUCUGACAUGAUUAUUUUUUAACGUGUAUUUUCUGUUUACUUAUUUUAAACUUUUAACCUGCUACUUGCGUAAUCCGUGACCACCAACUCAUGCUAUACAGGCACCUAGCUCGUUUCCUUGUGGAUGACCCUGUCCAUCAGGCGGUCCCUUUACAAUCCUGUGUGGAAGAGGCAUGUGGGAAGACCUAGAAAAUCGUGGCUCGGGCAGCUCGACCAAACCUGUCGUGAAGAACUCGAAAUGGGCCGAGGACCUACUAGGCGACUUGCCAUGAGGGACCUCCGUGGCUGGAAGAGAAGGGUACUGGUCGACACGAUAGGCCAAUGCUUCGGCGUGAUCUUCUCCAGCUUCCUCCUGGACCUGGGAACCGACCUCACCACGAGCAGCUGGAUCUUCAACGUCGCCAGCUUCUUGUGGUCCAUCACAGGCCCGUUCCUGGGACCACUCGAAGGCGAAUUCGGCUGGAGGAUCGUGGCGCUGGGGGCCUCCGUCGUCCUCGCUGCCGGGACGGUGAUGUCGGCCUUUGUCACCUCCGCUGGGAUGCUGUUCCUCACUUACAGCACGUUUGUGGGUCUUGGCUGCGGUGUCCUAUACAACAUUAGUUGUAUGAUCGUGCCGUUCUACUUCAACAAACGGCGAGGCCUGGCCAACGGAGUCCUCAUGGCCUGGGAGGGGGGCGGCCAGUUCCUGGGGCCUCCUCUCAUCAACUUCCUUCAGACACAGUACGGGUUUCGAGGCGCUACGCUAGUGCUGGGAGCUGUCGUCUUUAACUGCGCUGUCGGAGCUGCAGUUUUCCAUCCGGUUGAGUGGCAUUUGAAGCCUUUGGAGAAGUCAGAGGGCGUGAAGCCAGAGUCCUCACAAGAAAAUGUUUCUGAUUCAUCCACGUUAUCAAACGAGAGUCCAGAUUCUCAGACAUCUGCAGAAAAUGUCCUUAGCAGGCAACCACAAGAAGAAAAGCCAAAAUCUCCCUGGUCACCAGAUACAGUCAGGCAAGCUAUCCAGUCGCAGGAGCAAGUUCCACAAGCCCAUCGUUUACCAGACGGAAUUCCAGAGCUCCAGAAGUCGCCACAUCCUGCUGCCAAGAGAAUACCAAAAACCACGCUGGCGGACCUUUGCAUCCUGAAACACGCGAGAGCUGUCGUCAUCGCCAUCAGCAUAACACUCACCCUCAACGCCAACGAGAACUUCUUAAACGUCCUACCCUUCGCCAUGCAAGAGGCCGGCCACAGCCUGCAAGACGUCGCAACAGGAGUCUCGGUGGCGGCCCUAUGCGGCAUGCUGAUCCGCGUCAUCCUGUCGCCGCUCACGGACUUGCCCAAGUUCAACAGAGGGUUUUCUUCAUCCUUUACGCAAAUAGAGGACGUCCUGUGGCUGACGGUCGUCCUAGCAGUGUGGGGCAUCGGCGAAGGGAUCAUCAUGAGCAUCUACGUUCUAAUCAUGAUCGACUACAUGGGACUGGACGACUUCGUGCCGACGUUUGGGGCGACGAUGCUUGUUGUGUCUAUCGGUUACCUCGUUAUCGGCCCCAUCCCAGUCUUCUUCAUUGUCUACCACCUUCUCCUUCAUUGCUACUCUUCAACCUUAUUGUCCUCCCCACAGUACUGCCUCACUCCAUACCACCACACCUUCCUCCGCCUCCGUCCUUCUACUGAUUCCACCUCUGCAAACCUUUUAAGCACUCUUUUUGGUCGAGCUAAUUGGGAUCGAUUCUUUGUGUUCCCCGUACAACCCUUUAAUCCGACAAUACCCUUCUCUACUAACAAUGUCUCUAAAACAACCUGCUGCCCUCUGGGUGCCCAACCUGGCCAUGAACGUUCAAAUUGCCCUGCUCAGUUAUACACGUUGCCAAUUGUGGAGGCUCCCAUAAAUAAUUUAUAG